GGAUGUCCUCCAGUCAGCAGCUCAGUCAUCACACAAAGAGAAGGGGAGGCAGCAGCUUCACAGCCAGGAGAGGACGUGGGAUUGUAUAAGGAAGCGAUGCACGAAGAAGUGAAACUGGGGGCGUCUUACAUCGUAAGGCUGCUGAACCGUCACGAAAAACUGGACCGUCAGCAGGUGGAGAGAUUUACCAAAACCCUCACCUCCAUUUUAUGCGACAGGUUUGAAGGACACUGGUAUCCCGAGAGCCCCCAGAAAGGCCAGGCCUACAGGUGUAUCCGGAUAGAAAAAAACAUGGCGGUGGAUGACUCCGUAUUACGGGCCUGUGUUCGGAGCGGUCUGCGCUGCUCACAGUUGGCUUUUCCUAAAAACAUGUAUAUUUGGAUUGAUCCAAAGGAGGUGAGCUGCAGGUUAGGAGAGAGCUGUAGCCCCUUCAUUGUGAAGGUUCCAGAAGAAUCCAAGAAGGCGACAACUGAGGAGAAACCGGAACAGGACACGUCAGACUACCACUCAGACGGCUCAAGCAGAUCUCCGUCAGAAUGCUCCAGCGAGGAUGAAGAAAGCGUCAUGAGCAAAACGAAAUCUCCUGCGACUGAUACUCAGAAAGUGGCUGCCCAGUAUUACUACAGCCCAGCGCCAUCCUCCACCGUCUUCUACCAGUACCCCGGUGGUGCUGUCAGCUUCAUCCCAACCUAUCAGCCCAUGACCUUGUAUUACCUGGUGCCGAAAUACUAUCACAACGUCAGAUCUCGGGGAGUUCAGAGGAAAUGGAAAUCCAAAAAGUCAUCACCUCCCACCAAAAGUUGAAGUGAGACUUUUUAUCGCCUCGGCCUCCGGUAAAAAUUUCAACCUCAUAUACUUGAAAACAACUGAAGCUGUGGCCGGUGUCCUCGGCAGUAGGAUGUGAGCCUAGCUUCAUGGCUCGGAUCUCGUUGAUCAGCUAUUGUGUGUAGUCCGAGAAUUUUACAGGAACACUCAGGGACCAGAGUAAAAGCUGUGAAUGAGCGCAGCUCUGGGGUAAAGCUACUGAUACGACUUGACGGACCAUGACCCACCACUGAGCAAGGUCCGUCCUUGGUGGCAUCAUGUGGCAUCACUAGAUGUGUUACUGCAUUAUAGGUAAGCACAAUGGAUAUCUUCUUAUACCUCCGACACAGGCCUGGGCAAACGCCAGGUAGCCAAUGUGCCUUUUGCAGUUUUUGUUUUUUCUAUAAAAUUCUAUGAAGCUGCACAUUUUUGGGAACGUUCUAUGCACUGUGGAGAUCUCCACUUAAAGGGGAGCUUCACUUCCAUUCCUUUAACCCUGCACAAUCUCACCAGAUGCAGAUUCUGCAGUAUUACGAUGACCUUCCUUCUUCAGGUCUGGAACCAAAGGGCAAAAAGUCAACAGUCCUAUCGGGCACCAUAUACUGUCACCUUUAAGAAGUUGUCACAGCCCUCCCCACUCACAUUGGGAGGAAAAACUCAAAUCCACAUGGAAACAAAGUUGCUGAUACACGGGAAUGUGGCGGUAUUUCUGAUGUUUUUGAAAUUCUCCUCUAUGAAGUCCUCUUUUUGGUGCAGAGUAGCAAAAAAUAAGCUGAUGCCUGGCUUUUAAAGGCGGCGUGAUUGUUCUUAUUCAUGAGGCCCAUUGAGGAUACCGCCACGCUAAUGGAGUGUGAAUAUUUAUGUAAAUGAGGUGUAUGAAUAUUUAUGGUUCAUGCUGGUCACUGUGAUCAUGGGAACAAAUUUUGGGAAAAAAUGUGAUUAUUAUUAUUAUUAUUAUUUUUUAAAUAUAUAUGCUGCUGCGUAAUUAACUGAAAGGUCUGUGAGGCGUGACCUUCCAUUUGAGUGAAACUACGAUUUCCAGGAUGCUGGGGCUUGUAGUUUUGCCCAAGCUGGACGGUCAUAUGCUGGGAGUUGUAGUAUCACAAUAGCCACAAGUUCCAGACCUGCUUCAGCUUUUAAUUUAUACUGUUGUAACAGGUCCCGUCUCCUCAGGGAUCGAUUAUAUACUCAACGCUGGUAGGUUUUUUCUACCCCGAUGCUGCUCAGUCUUGGCAUUAAAGCUUUAUUUAAAGGUAUUCUAUGGACAAUAAGUUAAAUUUGUGAUAUGGAAAUGUUUGGAAUUAUGUCUUUAUUAAUCUGUUGUAAUGCAGAGAAGCUUCAUCAUUGUGUUUUUAUGCUAUUUUUAUCUGGAGACUUUUUAACAUAUUUUGUAUAAAAAAUAUUUAUUAUAUAAAAGUUGACUAACAAAA